AUGGCCAUGACUCAGUUGGGCGGAGCCAGCCUGCGGGUGGGCAACAAGGACAUCCUUGUGAGCCCCGAGGAGGCCGGCGCCAUUUGCCCGCGCGGCGGGGAGCCGCCGCAGAACCACGCCCUGUUGGACAAAGAUGGCCUCAACGCCGGCGUGGUGGAGGAUUCCAUCCGCAACCAGUUCUGCAACCACAAUCCGUACUCCAAUAUCAAUGACAUCACGCUCUGCGUCAACCCGUUCCGGUAUCUUCCAAUCUUUGACCAGGGCUUCAUUGACAAGUACGCGUCCUUGGAUCCACGCUUGCCUCCUCACAUCUUCAACGCCUCGGCAAAAGCGUACAAGCGGUGUACGCAGAAGAAGGAGAGCCAAGUGCUGCUUCUGCUGGGGGAGCGUUGCUCCGGGAAGUCCGUCGCUUUUGAGCACCUCCUCGGCUUUCUGGGCACCACCGCGGGCGAUGGGGAUGAGGAGUUCCGGCAGCUGCUGCGGGCCCUGCGCCCGCUGAUCUCGGUGACCCGGAGCUGCGGCCGGCAGAGCUGGCUGUCCACCCGGGCCAUGCUGGAGGCAGACCUUGGCCUCGAUGGCGACGGCUUCAUUUGCCGCACCCUGCUCACGGUCCGGUGCCUGGAGACGCAGCGCAUCACCUUGGGCCCAAAGAACUUCGAUGCAUUGUACCUCGCUGCCAAGGACGACCGGGCUCAUGAGUGGCUGGGGGACAACCUCGAGUUCCGGCUGCUGGGGGAUGAGAUCGAUUUCGAAGAGUAUGACGAGCAGGGCACAGCCGGGACAAGCUGGAUGACCUCUCUGAAGUUUUUUGGGAUCGACCACGGCGAGCUUGUGCGGAUUCUCUGCGGCUUGGUGCUGCUGGGCCAACUGCAGUUCGGCGGCGAGCCCUUGCAGUGCCAGCCUCCAGGCGCCCUGGAUGCUGUGGCCAACGCUUUGGGCGUGGGUGCGGGCAAGCUGCUGGCCGCCCUGCUAGGCGGCACAGCAGAAGAGGCCUCCCAGCGCAGAGAUGCAGCCUUGCAGGAGCUCUACCACCGCCUGGUGCACCUGGUGCUGAGGCAGCUGAAUGCCAAGGUGGCCGGGGAGGCCCAGGCCACGCCGCAGAGCAUGAAGAUCCUGGAGGUGCCCAGCGCGCUGGACGCUAAAGGCUUCCACGGCAUGGCGCUGCAGCGCCUCACGGAGGCGCGCUUCGCGCACAUGCUGGCCAUUUGCCGGCCUGAGGACAGCGAUGGCCUGCAAGAUGAGUCGGAGCAGCAGGCCGCUGCCCAGGGCGCGGCUUUGCAGGCCUGGCGGCUGCUGCGCCAGCCCAAAGAGUCACAGGAGCCAGUCACCAUCCGCGGUGCUUGCGGAGAAGCGCAGUACGUGGUUGAUAAGAGCUUUGUCACCGCUGCGGAGGGCGGAGGGAACGGUGCAGGUCCGAUGCUGGAGGCCUUGUCCGAAUCCAGCUGCAAGUACCUCCGCGAGAUCACCAACUCCUUGGCGGUGAAGCCGGCGUCGGGCACGGAUGCUGCGGAGGAGGCCCUGAAGGCGUUGUCCAGCUGCCUGGAGCCGAAGGCGAAGGCCAAGACUUGGCCGGUGUGCUGCCUGCGGCCCAACGACCUUGGCGCCGCUGACAGGGUGAGCCGGCCAGUGCUGCUGCAGCAGGUGAGGCACCUACGCCUGGCGGAGGCGGCCCAGCUGGCGGAGAAGGGCGUGAACGAGAUCUGGUCUCUGCAGAGCUUCCGGGCGCGCUACGCGAAGCUGGCGCCCACCUUGGAGGAGUCCGUGGAGGACGAGGCAGCGUGCCGGCUCUUGGUGAAGGCGGCGGGCGGGGACAAGGGCCACGUGGCGGAGAGCGUCUUCGGAGGCAAGCGCCCCGGCGGGAAAGCGAUUCAGUCUCAAUUUCAACUCUGA